UUUUACUGGACUGCUCGUUGCGCGCGCGCACUUUCUCUACGUCAUUCGUAUCAGGUUAAUAUCUGGGCCACGCGACAUUAUCUUUACAAUAAGUUAACAACAAAGACGCGAACUAAAAAAUAUAACAAUGAACAAUAAAACAAACAAUAACUUCCCUCUAGAAAUAGAAGAUGUUCCGCCGAAACAAAGUGAAAAUCUCAUGAAAUAUUUUACUGGUGAGUUGACAGGAUUUGUCCGCGUGGGCCCGAAAGGUUAUUUCUUGCCUCACAAGUAUAAACAAGAAGCCGCCAAUAUCUACAACAUGCCAGUUAGAAGCGACGACAUAUUUGUUGCCAGUUAUCCACGAUCAGGUACUACAUGGACUCAGGAGUUAGUAUGGAUGGUCGCAAACGACUUAGACUAUGCGGGAUCUGACGCCGUGCCUCUCACAGAACGAUAUCCGUUUUUAGAAUUUUCAGUAUUCGUCCAUCCAAUAAUGAAAGAAAGAUUCACCGCAGAAAACAGUCACAGUGAGGACAAGUUACAUCUCUUAGAUUUAGUCACGCAACCCGGAAGUGAACAAUUAGCCAACAUUCCGUCUCCUCGAUUCAUCAAGACUCACUUACCCAUGUCCUUGUUACCGCCGAAAUUGCUGGACGUUGCUCGAGUUGUUUACGUGGCUCGGGAUCCCAGAGACGUCGCUGUAUCAUUCUAUCAUCUAAAUAGAUUAAUAAGGACGCAAGGCUACAAUGGAGACUUUCAAACUUAUUGGAAUUUCUUUGUCCAAGACCUCCACCACUGGACACCGUAUUUUGAACACCUGAAAGAAGCGUGGAACCAGAGGCAUCAUCCUCGUAUGCUCUUUUUAUUUUAUGAAGAAUUGUCUAAGGACUUACCGACAGCUGUUCGCCGCGUAGCGGAGUUUCUAGGCAAAUCUUUCACAGAUGAACAGGUCAAUCGUCUUUGUGAACACCUUAGCAUUGACAACUUUAAAAACAACAAGUCCGUCAACUACGAUGUCAUGAAGGAACUGGGUAUUCUCAUCCCUGGAGAGCAGGCGUUUAUCCGUAAAGGAAAAGCGGGAGGUUGGCGUGACUACUUCGAUGACGAAAUGAGUCGACAAGCUGAAAAGUGGAUCGCAGAUAAUCUACGUGACACGGACUUCCGAUUCCCACAUUUACAUGGACAAUAAUUUUUAAACCAAUUUAUUACAAUCUAAUGAUUUGUAAGUAAAUGCUUUGUUUUAAAGCAUUUACUUACAAAUCAUUAGAUAGUAUAUAAUACAAUAUCUAUGUGGGAAAAUAUUCCAAGAUUUUCAGCAGUUGUCAAAUAAGUGUAUGUCAAAAAUCGCUUCCAGUUAGGUAAAUAGUGAAAAAUGCAAGUAAAGCAAAGUGUAGUUAAGUCCACUGCCAUUGUGUACCACCAUGAUGGAACUAUCAAGUCAUUGCUGCAAUUUUAGCACAAGUUCGGUAUCCGAGACGUCGAGCUAUCAAUCUGAUCGACAAAUUAUUGGUUGUGUGAUAAGUCGAACCAACAUAUUGGUGUGUAGAGAGAAAGUAUAACUUCUACAUUCCAAAUAAUUUCGUAUGUCUACAUACACUUAGUUAUAAUAAAUGUACAUAAAUAUUUUUAUAUAUGUAUAUGAUCAA